AUGACCGAAUCCGCGCCCAAGCGCCUCAAGACCGAAGCUGCUGGCAGCAUCGGCACCCACAAUGGCCACUUCCACGCCGACGAAGCUCUCGCCGUGCACAUGCUGCGAAUGCUGCCGUCCUACCGUGACGCAGCCCUCAUCCGAACCCGCGAUCCUAAGCAGCUCGAGACCUGCCACACUGUUGUCGAUGUCGGCGGCGAGUACGACGCCGAGCGCAACCGAUUCGAUCACCACCAGCGCGGCUUCACCACAACCUUCCCUGGCCGCGAGACCAAGCUGUCGUCUGCUGGCCUUGUGUUUUUGCACUUUGGCAAGGCGAUUAUUGCGCAGCGCCUCGGCCUUGAGGACGACGAGACCCCUGUUGUCGGUCUCAUUCAUAAGAAGAUCUACGAGAGCUUCGUCGAGGCGCUCGAUGCUCAUGACAACGGUGUCUCCGUGUACGAUCCCGAGGCUGUCGCCGCAGCUGGCCUUACAAAACGCUUCCAUGAGGGAGGCUUCUCACUGGGCUCGGUUGUUGGCCGUCUGAACCCCAACUGGAACGACCCUAAGCCCUCGGAUCCUGUUGCUGCCCAGGCCGCCGAGGACGCUCGCUUCGUCCAGGCCAGUGAGCGCAUUGGCGAGGAAUUCGAGCGCGAACUCGACUACUACACGUCUGCUUGGCUGCCUGCCCGCGAUGUUGUGCAGGCUGCGUUCAACCAGAGAUCUCAGCACGACUCGGAAGGUAGACUCUUGAUCUUUGAUAGCCAGAGCGCUCCUUGGAAGGACCACCUCUACACUUUGGAGGAUGGCAAGGCGUCCGUUCUUUACGUUCUCUACCCUGAGAGCGCCAGUCCCGAUGCCAAGUGGAGGGUCCAGUGUGUUCCUGAGAGCAAGGAUUCCUUCGUCAGCCGUAAGCCUUUGCCUGAGGCCUGGAGAGGCUUCCGUGAUGCUGAGCUCGAUGGCAUCUCUGGUAUUGAGGGCUGCGUCUUUGUGCACGCUGCUGGCUUCAUUGGCGGCAACAAGACCUUUGAGGGUGCCAAGGCCAUGGCCAUUGCGGCUCUCCAGGUAUAG